AUGACAGUCAGCUACGAGCAAUCGUAUCGACCUUCUAAUACAGCUCCGUUGGAGGAGAGGUUCGAGGUCAUAAAGCAGAUUGGGGAUGGAAGCUUCGGAAGUGUCGUGGUCGCCAGAGUGCGAACCGCUGGUUCGCAUGUGGCGAGACGUGGUACCAUGGUCGCGAUCAAGACCAUGAAGAAAACCUUUGAAUCUUUCUCGUCCUGCCUCGAACUUCGGGAAGUGAUCUUCCUGCGAACGCUCCCCAACCACCCUCACCUCGUCCCUGCCCUCGACAUCUUCCGCGACCCGCUGACCAAGAAACUACACAUAUGUAUGGAAUAUAUGGACGGUAAUCUUUAUCAAUUAAUGAAGGCUCGGGACCACAAGUGCCUAGAUACAAAGAGCGUCAAGAGCAUCUUGUUCCAGAUCUUGUCCGGUCUCGAUCAUAUUCACGCACACAACUUUUUCCACCGGGAUAUCAAACCAGAAAACAUCCUCGUCUCUGGCUCUGCGCACUUUGAGUCGGUUCUGAGCCGCUAUGCCACCCCCCCGUCCACUCCACCAACCUAUACCGUGAAGAUUGCCGAUUUUGGACUGGCAAGGGAGACACACUCGAAAUCGCCCUAUACCACGUACGUGUCGACCAGAUGGUAUCGCGCUCCUGAGGUGCUCUUGCGUGCUGGAGAGUACUCUGCCCCCGUUGAUAUGUGGGCGAUUGGUGCAAUGGCUGUUGAGAUUGCCACACUAAAGCCUCUCUUUCCAGGUGGAAAUGAAGUAGACCAAGUGUGGCGCGUCUGUGAGAUUAUGGGAAGCCCUGGGAACUGGUAUAGCAAGUCGGGUGCUAAAGUGGGUGGCGGUGAAUGGAAAGAUGGAGUCCGCUUGGCUCAGAAAUUGGGCUUUUCUUUUCCAAAGAUGGCUCCUCACUCCUUGGAAAGUAUCCUGCAGCCGUCUCAGUGGCCAGCGUCGCUUAGCCGUUUUGUCACCUGGUGUUUGAUGUGGGAUCCCAAAAAUAGACCUACAUCCACUCAGGCCUUGAAUCACGAGUACUUUACAGAUGCCGUUGAUCCCUUGCGUCCAAGAUCGUCUACUGCCCGUUUACUCGGCCGCAAACAAUCUGAUAAGGGUUUCAAGGCUCAAGGAAACGGUGAUUCCCCGGGGCUUUCGUCCAAACCUUCCUGGUUCCGACGCUCUUUGAUUGGGAGGUCCGAUAGUCCCGCUCCUCUUCUAGAGCAAAUAGACACGACCAAACAGAUGCCCUAUAAUGGUGGCGUCGAUUCACCAUCGAACAAGGCCAAGGCGUUGGCCAGUAAACGUGCUACAUGGACAAACGGAGCACCGAUGCCAAUCUUGCCAUCAAUUCGACCGGUAUCGCCACUUUCGCACGCUGUCCACGCUCAAGCCAAUUCGUCCCUUGUUAAUGACAACUCACCUUCAAAGGCAACUGGCAACGCGGCGUCUAAGAAGAUUGGCCGGCAAUUGUCCGUCAAUUCACAUGGCAAUCACUAUGCAGAUAUUCAUCGCCAAGAAGCCGAGAGAGCACUGAAUGGUGGUUCGAACGUGACAUCGCCUAGUGCCAUGAAGGAGAGCUUCUUCUCUCAUCUUAGAAAACGUGCUCGACGGCUCUCAGGGAGAAACCAAGCAUCCAUACCAAGUGAUGACGUCGAAGCUACUGCGGGCUGCGUUCCGUGGUCUAACCGUUCCUCCAUGGCCCUCGAUCCCGUGAAUAUUUCCGAAGCCAAACCCAGUAAUGAUCUGCUGGACCUCGAUACAGCUCUCCAAAACGUCCGAUAUAGCUUGGACAUGGCAUCACCUCCGAACGUGCCCGUCCAUGCCUGCGGUACUACUAGCAACACUCCAAAACGCCAGUCCGUGCCGCAUGCACAAGCAAUUCGUGUGACAGAAAAUGGAACUAUUGCCAGUGGUGGGUCCCUCUCGAGCCGGGCUCGCCGAGUCAUGCAGAGUUCCACUCGGUCUGUUCCACGGUACGAGACUCCGGAAGAAGAGGACGAACUCCUACAGGAGGUUCUCUACUCGACGAACUCAGCCGCGCAGCGCCUUGGGCAAGGGUCGAUCGUGGAUGAGGCCACCCGCGAUAUCUUCAAGGAUCUUGGUAACCAGCCAAACCUUUCGGUCGACGCCAGCCGUCACAAUCCAUACCCAACCCCUUCCCCAACUGCAAGACGCGAUGGGCCGGCAUUUAUUUCCGACAUCACACCUUCAAAACCGUUGAGGAUGAACAAGCCGAAUAUCGAAAGCCAUCGCCAGUGGCCAACUCCUCCCUAUGACGAGAGUGAGUGGACAAACACUACUACUGCCAACAUGUUUGCCACUGUAAACAUGCACAGGUGA